UUUAUAUUAGGUUGGUACAGCCUAUUCUAAAAUAAAAUGGUCCGCGCUUGGAUGCAGCCUGUGUGCCAUGCGCUUUAAUUACAGGCACGGUCGGUGAACUAAAAACAUGUAUUUUUGGGUUGGAACCUCGGUACACAGUGCAGAUUUCUUAGUUUAGAAGAACAUCUUUUUUUUGUUGUUGUUGCUGACAGACUGAGAGAGUUCAACUCACUACAGCACCACCAAUGAACAGUGAGAGAGACCUGCGCAUAUCGUCAGCAGCCGCUUCUCCAGCCUCAAGCUAGAAUUCGUCAGAUCUGAGAUCACAGAGGAUUUUUCUCAUUCAGUCCGGCUAGAAAAGAUAUUCACAAAAAGUUUGAGGAUAUAGGCUGCGGACGCCAAAUAUACCCCCUCGACUCGUCUGCUCAGUGAAAGGUCCUCAUAUUGCAGCUAUGUGUGGACGGAGCAGGACGGCCUUUCUGUGUCUGUGGGCUUGCUUGCUUGUCGCCAAUGGCGUGCUGGGCGGGAAAAGCUCCAACAACGGCAUGACAGAUGAACAGAAAGAUAACACUACAGUGUUCACCAAGAUCUUAGACAGCCUUCUGGAUGGCUAUGACAAUCGCCUCAGGCCAGGACUGGGAGAGCGUGUAACUGAAGUCAAGACUGACAUUUUCGUGACUAGUAUUGGGCCAGUUUCGGACCAUGACAUGGAGUACACCAUUGAUGUCUUCUUCAGACAGAGCUGGAAGGAUGAAAGAUUAAAGUUCAAAGGCCCCAUGGCUGUGCUGCGUCUCAACAACCUGAUGGCCAGCAAGAUCUGGACCCCUGAUACCUUUUUCCACAAUGGCAAGAAGUCGGUGGCCCACAACAUGACCAUGCCAAACAAGCUGCUGCGAAUUACAGAGGAAGGCACGCUGCUGUACACCAUGAGGCUUACAGUAAGAGCAGAAUGCCCCAUGCACCUGGAAGACUUCCCUAUGGAUGCCCAUGCUUGUCCACUGAAGUUUGGCAGUUAUGCCUACACUCGAGCAGAGGUGGUGUAUGUGUGGACCAGAGGGGCUGCCCAGUCUGUGGUGGUAGCAGAGGAUGGGUCCAGGUUAAACCAGUAUGAUCUGAUGGGACAGAGUGUGGAUUCUGGUGUGGUGCAGUCCAGCACAGGAGAGUAUGUUGUGAUGACAACCCACUUCCACCUGAAGAGGAAAAUUGGUUACUUUGUGAUCCAGACAUAUCUACCCUGCAUCAUGACUGUCAUCCUCUCUCAAGUGUCUUUCUGGCUCAACAGAGAGUCCGUCCCUGCCAGGACUGUCUUUGGAGUGACCACCGUCCUGACCAUGACCACACUCAGUAUCAGUGCCAGGAACUCUCUCCCUAAAGUGGCCUAUGCCACAGCUAUGGAUUGGUUCAUCGCCGUCUGCUAUGCAUUUGUCUUCUCAGCCCUCAUUGAGUUCGCCACAGUCAACUACUUCACUAAGAGGGGUUACGCCUGGGAUGGGAAAAGUGUGGUACCAGAGAAGCAAAAGAAGAAGAAGGAGUCCCUCCUCAAGAAGAACAACACUACAGCCUACCCAGCUGCCACUGCUACAGCCUUCGCCCCCAAUAUUGCCAGGGACCCUGGAUUGGCCACUAUUGCCAAAAGCGCACCACCACCCCCAACUGAGCCCAAGGAGGAGCCAAAGCCCAAGCCUCCAGAGGCCAAGAAAACCUUUAACAGUGUGAGCAAGAUAGACAGGAUUGCCAGAAUAGCCUUCCCUCUGCUCUUUGGAACCUUUAACUUGGUCUACUGGGCAACCUACUUGAAUAAGAAGCCCAAACUGCAGGGGGUAAAUCCACACUAAUCCAUGUUUCAUUCCUUUUAAAUUAUAUCUGUAAUUAUUUCAUUUUCUUUCUUAUUCCUCCUAUGAAAAAAAGGUGUUUAUUUUCAGACAAACAUGGUGUCCAUGCUGGUUUGAAUUCCCAGUUGUUGCAUUGCUUCUAUGUUUACCUAAAUUUUGAAGAUUUUGAAAAAAUCAAAAUAGAGAAAAAAGAACGAUAACAAUACAGACUUUUGAAAGGGUGUUGUUCAGGUCUGGGAUGAUGCUACUAAGAAAAUGCUAAUAUAAAUAUAUAGCCAAGAGAAUGCUAUUCUACAACUGCACAUUGCCCAAACUUGUUUAGGGGCUUUUGUUUCUAUGUUUGUUUUCUUAUUUGAAAAAUUUCUUUUUCUUUCAUUUUAUUUAAACAUGGUACCACAGACACGGUAAAAGGCACUUGUGUAUAUGCAUGGGCAAGGCAUCUUAUUAUUUAUGUUUCGUUAUUUCAAACACACAUCAACAUCGACUGAUGGCUUAGUUUAUUUGAUAUCAGCAGCAAAAUGCUACGCUCAGUCUCUGUCAAAAUAUCUUCCAUUCUCUGUAGAUGUUUUAUGAGAUUAAUUAUGCCAUUCUUCAAAAUAUGUUAGGGUUUCUGCAAUAGCAAUAAAACAUGUCUCAGUGGACACACCAUUUAUUUAGGGAUCAAAAGAAAAAGAAAAAAUACAAAAAAUCCAAUCAUCUCUGUGCUCAGCAUUGAAAAUAUUAAUUUCCUGUCACAGCAUUGUAAAUACUAUCAAGUGUUAGAGAUGUCAAUAUUAUGUUUAAGCUUUGCAAAAUGUAACUAAAGGGUAUGUUUAUUGAAUACAUGGAAAAGUAAACUUUUUUUAUUUUCAUUUGUUUUUGUUUUUGUUUAUGAUACUUUCUACAAAAAGAAUAUACUGGUCUAAUUCACGCUUAAGUGACUGUUUCUCACCAAGUUAGCGUUCCAUUCAAAGCUGCUUUCACAAUGAAGUAAAAUAUCCGUGUGUUUGUGGACACACUGACGGCAACAACAGCAACGACAUCAACGGUGUAAAACUGAGAUUGACUAGUUAUGAGUAAGAAUGUAAAAAUCAUCUCAAAUCCUGGAGCGCAUUUCACAUGUAGAAUUAAAAUGCUCAUUAUUUACUUAUUUUGUUUGGUUUAUUUUUUAAUUUUUUUAUUUUGGAGCUUUUGAUUAUUUACGACUUCAUUUGCCAAAAAAACAACAACAAAAAAACGUCAUUUAUAGCAAAGUACAGCUAGCAUCACGUAAAGAAGGGUGGGGCACACUGAGAAGGAGGAGAAGUGCCUUUUCCAAUUUCAGAGUUGAAGCUGUGAUGGCUGUUACUUUGUUGAUUGAUGGCGCGUCUGUAUUUUCCAUCCCACUGUGUCCCCUGACCCUGUUUGCCAUAGUCCCCACCUCCCUUCAGCUGAAAAUUGAGACAUAACACUCAGAAAGUACCAGCUACACUGCCUUCAGUAUCACAUGCCCGUUUGGACUCAUUUGUUGCUGCUUGUUGGUGAGCAACAGCGAGAGACAGGGACAGAGACAGAAAGAGACAAAGAGAGAGAGAAGGAGACAUUGAGUUGAAGUGGCACUGUAAUCUUACUUUAGCCGGCGCUGUGUUUCGCACAGAGGACUUGUCUUGUAGUUCUACGAUAGUGAUGAAGAUGAAUAUAUUUUUGUAGCAUGAUGUCAAUCCCUCUUCCGAGAAAAACCAACAGAAACUAACGCAAAUGUGAAAAGAAUGCUUUUUGUUUUUUUGUCUUGGACAUUGCUUGCUCUUUUUUUUUUUUCUUUGAACUUAGAGGAGACACACACUUUAGGGAAAUGCUUCUUCUCUGACGUGGCACGUUAAGGUUUCUGAACAGUCCAUUUCAAAUUAAGUUAAUGUAGCAAUAUUAAUUAGCAAGGGCUUUUCUUAGGACCUGAACCUGACACUCAGUCUGGGGGUGACAUCCAUUGUAGCUUUACAUUGACCCCUCCUACUUGUAGUUUCAUCUGUAUGCUGUACAUAGAGAUCUAAAAAUUAUUUAGAUUUGGUCAAAGAUUACAUUGCAUUGUGUGUCCAUCUUAGGUUCUGAAGCCUUUGGGUCCCACUCUAACUUUAUUUCACAAAAUCUUCACACUUCCUUUUGGAGAGUGGGGCAUUGUAUUGCAUUAUAGGUUCUGGGUGUGCUUUCUUUUGAAUAUGUUUUACAGGGCACUGAACGGGCCAAAAGGCAUGUAAGAACUCUGUGUGUGUGUUUGUGCGCUGAGGCGAGGAGAUCACACUAUUGCCAGAGGGAAACAAAAAAGACAUUGGUGGUUGUUGCUAUUGUUAUUAUUUGCAUUAACAUUAUGACCAAUGCUGAACCUAUCCCCCGCCCCCUAAUGGCAGACGUCUUUGCAAGCAUAUGCAAGCAGUCUACUGUUCACAGCCACUUAACCUACAAGCAGAGGGUCAAGGAACUGCAAAGUUCAGGGUGAAGAGUUGUAUAAAGAUAUUUGAAUUCUAAACUAUUGUAUGUAUGUUUAUUAUCAUGAAGAAAAAAAUAUAUAUAUACAUAUGUAAAAUACAUAAUGCAUACAGUAUUUGAUUCUAUUAAUGAAGACAUUAGCUAAGAUGAUGAUGAAUAUUGUUUGUAUUAUCAACCUAUUGUUAUGCAUUUUGCACAUUUAGAAGAACAAUAACAUUACAUUUAUGUAGUCAGCUUUGUGCUAUGCAAGGACAGCUUUGAACCACAUCAUUGACCUUCUCUCCCCAACCAUUGUGUUUCAGAUUCACAUGCUAUUAUUAAAAAAAAAGAUAGAAAAAAAAGCUUGGCUUUUGUAUCAGCUGUGCAAACCAUUAGUUAUUUUUUCAACCAUGGCUAUACAGGGUGACAUCAAGAAAACAGUGGAUUAUCUCUUUUGUUUGCGCUUUGGAUUUUUUGUCGGUGGUUGAGGGAAAAUGGCUUUCAUUGUUGAUUGCACUUUUUCUCCAGAGACAUGCAAUAAAGGGAUUGAACUGAAACAAAAAAACAGGAGCAAAACUGUAACAGGAUCACCUUGUUAAUAAUAUUUCUCUUCACUCCUUGAGCUUGUUUGUCAAUACAAAAAUAGAGGUAGCUGAAAUGUUAUUUUGCUAAAUGGAUCAUUUUGUUUAUCUAAUUUCCAAAGCUCAAUGAUAUUACAGGGAGCGCCAGAGAGUUUUGACUUUGAUGAGAGAAAAGUGAGUUUUGUAAACUUUUCUGCUGGGAAUAUCUAUGAUAAGCCCCUACCUUGUACUCCAAGCAGGAUUCAAAAAAUGCUAUAGACCAAUUACAAAUACUUUUGAGCCAGGUCUGGUUUUGCUACACUUAAUGCUCCAGGGUGAGGGAAUGUGAAAUAUGAGGCACAGUGCAAUCAUGAGCUUCCAACUUUUACCUUCACAUUCAUAUGCAGAGCAUACAUGUAAAUAAAACAUUUGUAGGCACAUCAGUCAUUUGUUUCAUUAUGUUUGAUGCAAGGUCCAUUGCAGUUCUCAGCAGCACUUGCUUUUCAACACUGAGUCUUUGGUUAUUCCUAGAUACCUACUGGAGUUUUUUCUUGUAUUUUUAUCAAGCAAAAUAUGUUCUGAUUUUCACUGAAAUGUAAAAAAAAUAAACUAAUUUUCUAAAGCACAAAAGUUGACUAGGGAAUUAGAGUGAGACUGUAUACAUAUGGACAUCGACAUACAUACACUUUCAAAAUGCACACAAACACACAUACUCGCAUACUGUACACAGGAAUGUGUUAGUAGUUCAGUGAUGAUGGCAAAGGGUUCUGAUGGAUGUAGAUGAAAUGGUGAACCUUCUGUAAAUGUUUUCUUUUGUUUCUUUUGGUUAUGAUAUGGCCCUGUAGAAUCUGAUUCUCUGCAUUAGUCUUUAAAUAAAAAGAAAACAAAUGAAA